AUGGUUGUCAACCUUGAGAAGUCGGGCUACGAGGAGCCCAAAGACGGACAAAUCUUCAAUGCUUAUAGAACCCUCAUCGCCCAGCUCCGCAAGCGAUUCAUUUUGCGUGGAUUCAUCGACUUUUUGGAGCAUUCUUGGGCAGAUGGGGUGAUACGGUCGCGUUCAGACCAACGGUUGCCUAUAGGGUGGUCUGUGGAUACUUUUCAAGACGUAAUGAACCUGUAUUGCUGGCGCUUAUGCGAAGCAGAGGUCUGCGUUGGCAUUGCUUGCGAGGACCAGGAGUUCAUUCUUGCAGAUUGCUGUUUCGGUAGUUUGGAUGAGGGGUUCGACGAGGAUCCGGAAUGCUGUGAUCUCUUUUUCCCCGUCUUCCCGACUCUUGCUCUUUACAUUCUCGGCACGGCAAACGAACAGUGUUCAUCAACCUCCACCCAUCGCCAGACUGGCCGAUCAACGAUCUGGAUAGACGUUGGCUUGGAAUCUGCGUCAGACGUCCAUCUCCGAAAUGCCAUGAUCCUCCAAACUUACCCACACUUCCUCUACUUCUCUUCCCUCCGGACCGUUGCACUUUCCAUAUCAUCGUACGACGAGUUCAGGUGGAUCCAAGAGCAUCAGGACUAUAGCCGAUUGAAGUAACGAUGUCGACAAAAGUUUUUGCAGGAGACGGUCACCAAGACUUUGGUCGUGAAAGGGUCUGUGAUCUUGACUGAUCUUACCGAU